AUGGUCAAGUUUGCGUUGAAUCUUCAGGCUGAACUUGCUGGCAUUUCUAGCCUAAGCCCAAAGGAAGAAGAGGCCUUUUAUUACAUGUUUGAAGUUGAAUGUGGAUCUUGUCAUGACAUUCACAAAAACCCUAUUGGUAUUUGUCGAUCCGAAGCUCAUGACAUUCCUGGAAGCAAGGGAGAAGCCAACUUGAUUUGGACAUGUAAGAAUUGCAAGCCAUUGUCAGUCGCUUUCAGCCUUACACGAAUUCCCAAAGCCAACAACGCCUUCUAG